AUGGGCUUUUUCAAAAGAUUUUGGCAGGUCCUCAGGGCUGAUAUUAUGAAAAUUUUUCAUGAUUUUUAUUUGGGGAAAGAAUGGGAACAUGGGAUUAAUCAUACCUUUAUCACUCUCAUUCCAAAGGUCUCUAACAUUGGUGGUCUUGAUGACAUUAGGCCAAUUAGCCUAGUUGGUGGGUUGUAUAAGAUCAUUUCUAAGUGUUUGUCGAGGAGAUUGAGGGGUUACAUUUCAGACAUCAUUAGUCCAACUCAGUUUGCCUUCAUACCGGGUAGACAUAUUCUGGAAUGCUCUUUAAUUGCUAAUGAAGGAGUGGAUUAUUGGAGAAAAAAUGGACUCAAGGGUUGUGUAUUCAAGGUUGAUUUCAAGAAAGCUUACGACUCUAUUGAGUGGUCUAUUGUAUUUAAAUUAAUGGAGAAAAUGGGAUUCGGGUCCAGAUGGAGGGGCUGGAUUGAGCAGUGUGUAACCACAACUUCUGUUUCGGUUCUUGUAAAUGGAGUUCCUUCUGAAGAAUUCCCAAUGGCUAAAGGUCUUCGACAGGGUUGUUCACUGUCUCUUUUGUUAUUUAAUUUAGUAGGGGAGCUACUUAAUCUAUUGAUUCGAAGGGCAGUGUCACAGGGUUUAUUUUCUGGAAUGAUGAUCGGCAGAGAACUGGGGUCUGUAAAUGUGUCACAUUUACAGUUUGCGGAUGAUCUUAUUAUAUUUUCUUGUGCCUCGAAGAUGCAAAUUCAUAAUGUCAAAAGGGUGCUUCGAGUUUUUCAAUUGGUUUCUGGUCUACAGCUGAAUUUGAAAAAGACUUCUGUUCUUAAAACCCUUAACUCUAUUAUGUCUAAAUUUCUAUGGGGAGGGGGAAAUGACAUUAGAAAAAUUCACUGGGUUAGCUGGUCUAAUGUUAGUAAGUUGAAGAGUGAAGGGGGUUUAGGAGUUCUUAAUCUUAACCUGAUGAAUAGAGCGCUUUUGGGGAAAUGGACUUGGAGGUUUGCAAAUGAUAGAGACUCAGUUUGGAGGGAAGUUAUUUGUGCCAAAUAUAGACUCGAUUCUUCAGUUUUAACUUUGGACAAUAAGCUUCCACCUAAGGUAUCCUGGAUUUGGAGAUCACUGCUAAAUAAUUAUUUUAAAGAAGAUUUCUUUGGCACUAAGUUUAGAAGCAUGAGUAGUGUUCAUGUUGGUGAUGAAUUUUCACUCUCUUCGGAAUUUCAUGAUCGUGUGAUCUUGAAAGGUACUGGGGAUGGGGUUUUUACUGUUAGAUCAGCUGUAAAUCUAGGUUCAUUGGAGACUUCGGGAUCGGAGAUCGCUCAUGGGAAGUUGGCUGUUAGGACUGAACUUGUAAAAAGAGGUGUUCAAGGAAUUGAAGAUAUAUUGUGUCCCCUAUGCAAGAUGUCGGAUGAGUCUCCCUCUUAUUUGUUUUUCUCUUGGGUCGUUCUGUGGACCACUUGGAAAAUGAGGAAUUUCGUGGUGUUUGAAGGGGGGAAGUUUGAUAAGAGGAUCAAGGACCGUCUGAUUAUAGAGAGUGAUAGUAAGGUGGCUGUGGAUUGGAUUAAGGGGGAUGAAUUAUGUCCUGUUGUAUAUGCCUUCUUGAUUAAAGAUAUUGCUCAUAGGCUUAAUGCCUUGGAAGGUGUUGUUAGAUGGUGGGGAGUUGAGAACGGUGGUGAUCGAAACUUAUUUGAGUGA